GUCUUUGGGAAUUACUGCUUUAAUUUGGGUGGGUGAAGGAGGGGAGAAUCUAUGGAUAUGCUGGCCUAAUUUUUCAAUAAGCGUUUGAGUGGAUUUGACAGCCCUCACAGUCAUGGAUUACUACAAAUCUUUAAAGUAUGAAAUUUAUUACUAGUAACAAAUAACUUAUGCUUUCUGACUUAUUAAAGAUGAUGUUUUCAGCUGAAAAAGACUAGAGAUCAGCAUGCCCUGCUUUAACACAAUAAUUGCGAUGGAGUUAACACAACGGUGAGCAAACUGCAGCAGAAGUGACCAGCCUCUGUUGAGCUGCUGAUGGCUCAAAAGCAUUUCAGGACGACAGCUGGAUGUGGGCUGUGGAGCUAGCUCCCUUGGAGGAUGCAUGCAGUGUCAAAGCAGGGAUUUCCAAAGAGCUAGAAGAAAGGAUGGCACGGGUACAAUGCAGGAGGAAGGAAGACAUGCAGACAGCUUAAAAGCACAGCACACUGCAAGCAUAUUCUGGAAAAGACUUGUAAAAAGGAUUGCAAAGAAGCAGAAGCUCUCGCAGGAUCCUGGAAAUGACUGACCAGCGCCCUGAUUUACCUUGUUAAACAAGAUGGGUAUUUCCAUGAGCUGUCACAGAUGCAUGCCAGCAGAUAGACAGGACUGCAGCGAGCCAAGAAACCAAGUAUGGGCAUUGAGCAUACCAGAGGGCAAGAGUGACACUCAGGAAUGUAACCUCCUGAAGUUCCCUGGUUAAGGCAAGAUGCCACCUGGCACGACUCCUGGCUGCUCUACAAGCCACCGGUAUUUGGAGCUCUGCGCAGGAAUGCUUCAGAGGAUGCUCUGCGGACCCCAGCAGCAGUCCUGGUGUGGGCAGCUGAGCUCAGAGAGACGAAAGAUAUUUGCAGUUCAGCCAGUGUCAGGAAGAUUAUCAUCAGUCCUGUGGAACAUUUUGCUGCAGAGAUUUGAAAAUGACAAGGAUAAGCUGGUACCUGGCACUCGGAUCAAAGAGUCAGCAACCAGAUGGGCUGCGCAUACUGAAUAUAGCCGAGGAAACUGGACAGAACCACCAAAACCUCAGUGACCAAACAGCUCAUGGCCAAAGGCUGCAGGCAGAGUGCUGACUUUUCCCUGCUGGGUUCUGCAUGGAGAUGCAGUCUCAUUGCUUCCUCACUCCCUCUCCAGGAAUCACAAAGACAUUUUCAGCACCCAGCUGCCACCUCUGCCUCUUGCUUUUGGUUUUCGCAUUGUCCAGUUCUGUUUCCUUUCACUGGGAGAAAAUGCUUCACUGCAAGAACACAAGGAGGUGGAAGGAGUUGGAGAAGUCUUACAGCCAGCUUCAUGCAUCGCCUGGAGCAAGUCUCUGCCUGCACAAUCUGCUGCUGCUUUGCUGUACCAUGGGAUGGGCAAUGUUUGUGAAGGAUUAUUUUGGGAUCAGCAUUUGUAAGGUAAAGAGCUAGAAGAUAAAAGGUGAAGAUCUGCCUGUGUUCAAGGAAGAGGCUGAAUGAGGAGAAUGGAAGAGUUUAGAUGAAGAGGAUGGAAGAGAGGGAUGAAGAGGAAAUGUAAAGAGGGAUUUCAUGAUCAAUGCCUAAUAAUGAAGCAGAUAUGGGACUCCCAGGUGCUGGGCAAAUUAUUGCAGGCAGAAGAAUUUAAGCUAGGCUUUGGCAAUGAAGCAAACCAGCCAUACCCCAUGAUGUGGGAAGCCUGCGAGCCUGCACCUCCCCAAAUUGUGUUUGGACUUUGCCUUUUGCAGACAUAAAUUCCAAGUUUUGUGGAGAUAUGGGCGUGGAAGGGAAGAUUGUGCAAAGCUCAGAAAAACCCCUGGUAUCAGUUACUCUGAAUAAAUAUAAUGUGAGCAUUCCAAUAAACGCAUCUCUCGGUAGCUUUUCGGAAAGGCAGGCUCCACCAAAAUAUGGCUGCCUUCAUGCCCAUCUUCAUCUGUGGGCUGUGCUUGUUGCUUUUAUUAACUGCACUCUAUGUUUUACAAGGUUUUAAGCAAUCAGCUUUAAAAUUGCCUCCCGGUCCAUUUCCUCUUCCAAUCAUUGGCAACCUGCACUUGCUGGACAUAAGAAGGCAAGACAAGUCCCUAAUGAAGAUUUCAGAGAAAUACGGGCCAGUGUUCACUGUUCACUUGGGGUUUCGGAAGGCGGUGGUGCUGACUGGCUACGAGGCAGUGAAAGACGCCCUGCUGAACACGGCGGAUGUGUUUGCAGACAGACCCGUUAUUCCAAUCUUCCAUCACAUCCAACAUGGAAAUGGUGUGUUCUUCUCUUCUCAAGAGCUCUGGAGGAAGACACGGCGGUUCACCAUGGCAGCCAUGCGGGACCUUGGCAUGGGGAAGCGUCUGGCAGAAGAAAGGAUCCUCGAGGAGCUUCAAUUUCUCAUCGGACUGAUCAAAUCCUUCAAAGGUGGACCUUUCCGACUUCGGUGUUUGAAUACAGCCCCCACCAACAUCACCUUUGCUAUACUCUUUGGGAGAAGGUUUGAUUAUGAAGACCCAACGUUUGUCACUCUGCUAAGACUCAUAGAUGAAGUUAUGCUCCUUCUUGGGUCUCCGUUCUUGCAUCUAUUUAAUUUCUACCCAUUCCUUGGAUUUCUCUUCAAACCUCACAAGAUUAUACUGAAAAAAAUAGAAGAGGUGUGUGUGAUCUUAAAGAAACACAUCAAGGAGAGCAAAAAAAACAUUAAUGGAAACAACCUGACAAGCUAUAUUGAUGCACUGGUAUUCAAACAAGAGGAGAAAAAUAAAGAUACUCCCUUUCAUGAUGAAAAUGUGUUGGCCUCUGCACUUGACCUGCUCAUGGCUGGCACUGAAACAACAUCCACAACAUUGCAAUGGGCUGUUCUGCUAAUGAUGAAGUACCCUGAGAUUCAAAAAAAGGUGCACGCAGAGAUUGAGCGAGUCCUUGGCCCUGGCUGCUUGCCUACCUUUGAGGACCGGAAAAAAAUGCCCUUCGCCACCGCGGUCAUUCACGAAGUGCAGAGAUUUGUCACCCUCCUGCCACACGUUCCCCGGUGCACCUCCACUGACACACAUUUUAAAGGCUACUUCAUACCCAAGGGAACUACAGUGAUUCCUCUGCUCACCUCUGUGCUGCUGGAUAAAACACAGUGGGAGACGCCAGAUGAAUUCAACCCAAACCAUUUCCUUGAUUCAGAAGGUAACUUCGUAAAGAAGAAAGCAUUCCUGCCCUUCUCCACAGGGCGGAGAAACUGCAUUGGAGAAAGCCUUGCCACGGUGGAGCUCUUCAUCUUCUUCACUGGCUUGAUCCAGAAAUUUACUUUUAAGCCUCCACCUGGGGUCAAAGAAUCAGAGCUGGACACAACUGCAGAGGCUGGAUUCACCAUGAGACCCCAUCCACAGUGUGCCUGCGCUGUGCUACGCCCAUAAGCCCAAGGCUCGGAGCUGAGGAAAAUCCUUGUAAUUGUUUUGUGCAGAGCCCAAGAGAUGCACAAAGGAGAAACCAGAUCCCUGUGCAGUAGAUACAAGUAGUGUCUUCUUACUCAGAGCCUUUCAAGUACUGGCUUAAUGCUUAAAAUGUUUAUUGAACAAAUAUUUUUUCUAAGAAGCAGAGGAGAGCUGGUGGGUAAGGUUACCUGGAAAAAUACCAGCCAGAUACAUGGCUGGAAAUGACAGAACUGUCACUACUUUACACAUUAAAUACACAAUGUAAGAAAGUUAUCCUUGUUCUGAGCUUCUGAGAGAGAAUGCUUCUCAACUGUGGGUUAUUUCUUCAUCUGGAGUGCAACAUUAGAUACCAGUGUUGUCUCAUCCUUGAAUCCCUGCUGUUUUCCUAUUCCUUGCUGUACAUGUGAUAAAUUAGUCCUCGAUACUUGCACUUGUCUGAGGCAUGUUCUUCCAACACUUUCCAUUCUUCUGGGUUUGAAUACCAGAUGCAAACCCUGCACUUCUUAGGUUCCCUGUGCUCUGAGGGACCUCAUCCCACCCCUUCAUCACCGAAGACAAUCGGACUCUCAUUUACAGCAGCUCGCUUCUUCCUUGGUCUGAAAUGCUGAGUGGAAGCCAGAAGGAUUUGAUAGUACUGGAGGGAGGUCCAUUGAGUCAUUGUCCCACAAAGUGUUUGAGCAGGUUAACCCCUGGGAGGGAUCCUUGUCUGCUGUAGGAUGAGAAGAAGACUCCUAUCCCCUGUGAACCAUCUGAUUCUCCCAGGAUAACAGUAAAUAAAUAGUGCGUAUAUCUUUGCUCCCAGCCUUGCUCACAGGUGAACACAGUUGGACUAGGGAUGCAUAAAGCCUCACAACUUAGCUCUGCCCCCUUUAGAGAGCACUGUUUUGUAGCUGGCAGAGCGUUUUAGCCCAUUAAGGAGUGCAGGGCUGGGCUGUCUGGGACUUGGAGGAAUCGUGGUGCCAUCUCGUGGCAAAAGGAAAACAGAAAUGAUAUUCUGCACAGCGGUUAUUGCUCUGGCCAGUGCAUAAAGGGGCUGCAAAUAGAAGGCGGUCCUCAUUUUACAAAUCUGUACAGUUGCUGCAAUCCUGACACCUGAUCAUUUCCCCUUCGAGAGCAGGAGCCCCUGGUCCCAGCAUCAAGCAGCAGGCAGGUAUGUG